CAAAUAAUAAAAACGUGUCGUUUACAGUUGAAAUCUCCGUAAACGAGGAUUUCUUUGACAAAACAUGAUUCGUGCGUUAUUAUAUCAAGAAUUAUGCAAUUUACUGGUCAGUUAACGCUAACAGUUAACUUAUUUCCGCUUCCGAUCGGCUGUCAGCAGUUCAGAGGAGUUGUGUCCCACUGACGUGAACACACCCUGAAACAUGGCUGGCAAACGAGCUGCACUGAAGUCCAUCGACUGGCUGGCUUUUGCAGAGAGGGUGCCGCCCAACCAGAGGACCAUGUUUAACAGCCUGAAGACACGGAGUGAUGCUAUUUCUGCAAAGCUCGCCUCUCUGCCAGAGAAACCCCCCGCCAUUGACUGGAGCUACUACAGGUCUGCAGUGGCUAAAGCAGGCAUGGUGGAUGAGUUUGAAAAGAAGUUCAACACACUGACGGUUCCUGAGCCUGUAGACACCCAGACAGCUCUCAUCAACGCUCAGGAGGCAGAAGCGAACAAAAGCGCUGCUGCCUACAUUGAAGCAUCCAAAGCUUGUGUCGCCAAAUAUCAAAAAGAGCUUGACAAAUUCAAGAACAUGAUUCCCUUCGAUCAGAUGACCAUCGAAGACCUGAACGAUACUUUCCCAGAAACAAAGCUGGACAAAGAGAAAUAUCCCUACUGGCCACACAAACCCAUUGCUGAUCUGUAAAUGUACCACCCUGACCUGAUUAUUCUAAAUCAUCUUCCACCGAGGAAGACCUGUACAGUAUGGGUAUUACAGUCGUUUCAGUCCAUAGUUUACAAAAUGACAACAAUGACAAAACUUGGAAGUACUUGUUUUUGUAAGUCAUUUCUGAAAGUAAAUCUCGAAAGUAUGGCACAACUUUCCUGCUUUCUGUGAUCAGUAAAAAGAGUUAAAGAGUUGUCCGUGUUCACAGGCCCAUUAUAAACAACCUCAUAGACCCCUCACAGGCAAAACAACUGUUAUUUUAUUACUGGAUUUCUUCCCAGGCGUCAUGAACUGAACUUGAUCUGUCGGACUGUGUUUUCUUUCUAAAUUUGGUAUGAAAUAUCUUCCAACACUCACUGAAAAUCUAACCCUUGUGGAUACACUGAUGAGUUUUUAAGUACACACUCGGCCAGAUCACUCUCAGCAGAAAGCAGAGUUUGGUUUCCUUUCCUCUUGGCGUCACUGUUGUCUUUGGGACAGCCACUUGUAGUUGUCAGUCUUCUUUUUUGUGUAUUUACACAUGUCUGCAGGUAGGCACGGCCUCACACGCUACAGUUGACACCAUAUUGUAUUGGAUACUUCCACUGUUACAUUAGACAGAUUCAAGUCAUCCAUCAGCGUGCGGGCAGUAUGUCUGCAGUACAAAUGAUCACAGCUCCAGCCCUUUUAUUAUGCAGUGUCAGUCUUGUUCAGGCUUUGUUAUGACUACAGCAUAAAUCUACAUUUCACCACAGCUGGAAAUAUGAGUGGUCUCCCUGGGAUUGGAGAGAGACUUUAUACAUAAAGACUACUUUCUGUGCUCUCAUUGCACUGUUAUUAUGGCUUUUGGUUUGUGGGCUAAUACUGUACAUAACUCGCUCCCCAUCGGUGCAGGCAUAAUUGUGAUAAGUAGAGGAAUGUGAUCUGGCCUCAACUUUGUCAUUGUCUGAGGACGCACCGUUUACCGCAGUGGUAGAGAUACACUUUUGGCCUGCGGGGGGCAGCAUCUCUCUUGUUAAGACAGAUCUGUGAACCUUGUCUUUAAAUCCAGCUAAAAUCCAUUUAUUUAGGCUUGAGUUAGAAUAAGGACACAAGGACACUGAAUUUGCAAGUGUACAUUUUUUUCUUUUUAAGUCAAAAUAGCCUGAGAGGUCAUAUUUUAGAUCAGCAACGGGUAAGUUAUAACAGAUGAAUGAAGAAUGAAGUGAAAUAAGUACAAUUGCCUUUGAUGUUCUUUUUUAUACUAGUAAAACUAAAAGAUUCCCUGAUGCAGUGUUUUAGGACAAAUGCCAAAAAUUACAAAAGUGAAAAUAACUUGCAUCUAUUUCUUUAACACUGAAGGGAAACUGCUUAACAGUUGAGCCCAAGGUGCAUAUAUUUGUGAAAUUCAAUUUCUAUAUAUAUAUAUAUAUAUAUUUUUUUUUUUUUAAGUUUCUGUGUACUUAUUUACAUCUUGGAUUAAGUUAGUACACCAAUGAUUUAGUAUUGCACUUCCACAAAGUUGUGCAACCUGCUAGAAACAAGUUUAUGAAAUAUAUAAAGGCCAAGAUCAAAGCAGGAGAUAUCCUGAGUUUCAGUCCCUAAUGUGCAUCAAGCUCCCAAAAACAAUGGAUCUUACAGUUUCCAGAAUGCAACUUGAUAGCAUCUUUCAUAAGACCCUCCUCUCCUGCUAAGUGCCCAUGUUUUUCAAACUUCCCGGGCCCGGUUUAUAGCACAGGCUUUGUGUUAAAAAUCAAGCAAGUCUAAACCUAGACAACUCUUGUGACAUCAUCAGGGUUUUUUUCUUCAGCUAUGUCAAAGCGUCUCCAGUUGUCUCCGCAGGCGAAGUAGUAUUCCUCAUGACAAGUAACUGACUUCGAUUUGUUUUGUCAGUUUGAAUGACGACACGCUUUGUCAGCUACAUAAAGAUAAGCUACAUAGUUCAAGAACAUCGAUCCAAUUUGUUAGGCACAAAUCUAAUAGUAUAAUGUGCAAGAUCCAACUAAUAGAGCAGUUUUUUGUUUUUAUUAACCUUUGCCAGAAACAUAGCAGCAGGACUGGAAAUGUGAAAUAUUAAGAAUUCUUUAAGCAGAUAGCCGAGCAAAACAAAAUUCCACUGUCAGCACACUCUCUAGCUUAUUGCUUCUCUCUUUGAUUUUUCCACUCAGACAUGUUAUGCAUUCCACAAUAGAGUGGUGAUAAUCCUCCAGAAAACAUACACAUUAUGUCAUACCAGCGAGCGCUUUGUCGCAUGAUUCUGCAACUGGGUAAGCUUGACGUGACUGCGGUGCAAUGUGAGCACACAGCCCGCCAACAGCUUUCUCUAGAAGCUACUUCAGACUGAAAACAGUGCAAGUAGAGCAAAGAAUUGAAACAGGCUGCGAGAGGAUGAAAUAAAUAUUCUUUAUAUGUUAUUCA